CACAGCUCCUGUUUGGUAGUGAAGUAAGUGUAGCCCUUUGGAGCGAAUGUGUCCCAGACUCAAGUCGCAAUGUCAUACUCUUAUGGUUUGUUAUGGAACCCCUUCGUUAGAUGAAUCCAAUGACUUCUACUUAGUGUCGUUUCCACGCAUCAAGCAGAUGGUUAGGCAAUUCGGAAAAAUAAAGUCCCUGCGAAGCUUAGCCUCCGUAUAGAUGCUGAGCGGAAACCCUGUCAACUUGGUGACGCACGCAGCGCAAGACGAAAAUGACCCCACGACCGCACCGCGGAACAGAGAGAAAGACAGACCUCUUGCAUGAGCGAUUUACUGACCCAGCAAACUGUGAUACAGAUCGGCAAACCCUCUUAUUUAUGACACAAAUGAGUCACCACGUCGAGUAUGAUGUGUUGCUAUCGAAAACGUGCUGCGUAGACACACUGCGAAUGCCGCGCGGCGUAGCUCUGCGAUCGCCUAUGCGAUAAUGGAGUUCGUGCCUCGGGUGUGUACUUUCACGGUAUCACUUGACGUUCCCAAAAUGAUAAUAUGCUUUAUCUGUGUAUUUAUUCUGUUUCCCGAUUCAUCCACAUCUUCACGGAAAUUGAUGAUCUGACAUCACUUCGUGUUUGGUUUUCAGUACCUUAUGGAACGAUGCUGCGGCCUGAGUUUCCGAAUUUCCCUCACUGCUUUCUUCCAAGUCAAUACACUGGCCGCUGAGCUAUUGUACCAGGAGGUCGCCAGAUUCGUUACAGGUGCUUACGACCUACGCCAUGGCAGGGAUGGUGACCUUGUUACGCCAGUGGAUCGCGAGGCGAAGACGGAGGCCAACGACGAUUCCAAAUGCCAGUCAGUGUUGCUGGACGUGUGCUGUGGCACGGGCACAAUCGGUCUUUGCUUGUCGAAGCACUUUGACCGUGUCAUUGGCAUUGAACUUGCUCAGUCUGCGGUGGAAGAUGCAAGGCAGAAUGCCAGACAGAACAAUAUUGAAAAUGUACAAUUUUACUGUGGCAGAGCCGACAAGAUACUACAAGACGUGAUUAGCACUUUGCCCACCGAUUGCAACAUCGUGGCUGUUGUGGAUCCACCGCGCUCGGGGUUGCACAACGUGGUCAUUCAGUGCCUCCGACGCUGUGCGCGGCUGCAACGCAUUGUUUUUGUAUCAUGCGACCUCGAUGCAGCUGCGAAAGACUUCAUCGACUUCGCUCGUCCGACCUCAAAUCGUUUCGUUGGUGCUCCUUUUGUUCCUGUGGUCGCAAAAGCAGUUGACUUGUUCCCCCAAACACGUCACGUUGAGGUGAUAUUGCUUCUUCAGCGUGUUAGCGAAUAA